UGGAAUCAUCCAUGCCCAGAUAAACCAUGGAAGAGAUUUGACAUGACAUUUGAUGAGUUCAAGAGAUUAACAAUUUUAUCUCCUGUAUCUCAGCUAGCAGAUAUUUUCCUGCUUGCUGGUGAUAUCCAUGCAACACUGUAUACAGGUUCCAAAGCCAUGCAUAGCCAAAUCCUAAGCAUAUUUAAUGAAGAAACAGGAAAGUUCAAGCAGUUUUCUGCUGCACAAAAUCUGAAAAUCACUCUUGAGAGGAGAUAUAAAAAUGCACUUGUGGAUAGUUCUCGUCAAAAGCAGUUAGAGAUGUUCCUUGGAAUAAGGCUUUUCAAGCAUCUACCAUCUGUUCCAGUUCAACCUCUGCAUGUACUUUCUCGACCAUCUGGUUUCCUUCUGAAGCCCAUUGGCAGUAUGUUCCCAACUUCCAGUAGUGGAGCCAGUCUACUGAGUUUCAAGAAAAAGGAUCUAAUCUGGGUUUGCCCCCAAGCUGCAGAUGUUGUUGAAUUAUUUAUCUGUCUUGGAGAACCCUGCCAUGUCUGUCAGCUGCUACUCACAGUUUCCCAUGGUGCUGAUGAUUCAACUUUUCCCUCAACUGUUGAUGUAAGGACAGGCCGUAACCUAGAUGGGCUUAAGAUGGUUGUCGAGGGAGCUUCCAUACCCCAGUGUGGAAACGGGACAAAUCUUCUGAUUCCCUUAUCAGGUCCAAUUAGCGCUGAGGACAUGGCUGUCACCGGAGCUGGUGCACGCCUUCAUGAUCAAGUUACAUCUUCUCUAUCAUUAUUGUAUGAUUCUGAAGAACUAGAGGGAGAAUUGGACUUCCUCACUCGUGUAGUGGCACUUACAUUUUAUCCCGCUGAAUCUGGAAGUCCUAUGACUCUUGGUGAGGUAGAAAUCCUUGGAGUUUCUCUCCCCUGGAAUAGUGUAUUUUCUAAUAAAGGGACUGGUGCCAGACUAACUGAGCUUGCAAAAAAGUCUCAAAAGGACAGCAAUUCUUUUUUGUCUGGUUCGGACACAAACCCACUUUCUGGCACUUCUCUAUCCAAUCAAGCCGUGUCAAAAUCAGCAAAACAAGGUUCUGCAAAUGAUUUGGUUGACCUAUUAACUGGAGGUGACAUUCUUUCCGAAUCUGUUUUUCCGCCGGUUACAGAAAAUGUUACUUAUGGGGGAGGUGACUUGCUUGAUUUUCUGGACCAAUCUGCUGUGGACUACCAUAGUCCUGAAACUGAUCAUAAACCCUCUACACCCCAGGAUGGAACUCCACAAGAUAGUGGUACACAGAAGUACAUAAACUGCGUAAAAUUCAUGGCAGGGCCACAUAUGGACAGAAAGCUAAACUACCGUGAAGCAAUGAAGCUGGAAAUUGAGCGCCUCCAUCUGAAUCUUUCUGCAGCUGAAAGAGAUAGAGCUUUAUUGUUUAUAGGAACUGAUCCGGCAACCGUAAAUCCAAAUUUUUUGCUUGAUGGAUUAUAUGUAGGCAGACUAUGCAGGGUGGCAAGCACCCUUGCAUUGCUUGGGCAAGUUGCUCUUGAGGAUAAGAUUAAUGGUUCUAUUGGUCUUGGGAAGUUUGAGGAUAACGUUAUAGAUUUUUGGAACAUUAGUAGAAUUGGGGAGAGCUGCUCUGGUGGGAACUGUGAAGUUUUGGCUGAGACUAAGGCAACUCUAUCUGAUUCGUCAAUGUUGUCAUCUACAGAAGGUUCAAAAUCUGUCUUUUUGUGUUCUCAAUGUCGGAGAAAGGCUUGUCAAGUUUGUUCUGCUGGUAGAGGAGCCCUUCUUCUGCCAAAUUAUACUAGGGAGGGGACAAAUUACAAUGGCUUGUCUAAUCAGGGUGGAUCAAGUUACAGUAGCCAAGUUGAUCUCACUACAACCCGUUCAGUGGCACUGGACGGUGUUAUUUGCAAGAAGUGCUGUCAUGGGAUAAUUCUUGAUGCAUUGGUCUUGGACUAUGUUAGGGUCUUGAUUAGCUCACGAAGAAAAGCCCGUGCUGAUAGUGCAGCAUAUAAAGCUCUGGAUGAGGUUACAGGAUCAUUAUUCCUAGAUAGUCUUUCUGAAAGGAGUCAGUCCUCUGGUAAUCAGAGAGCUGUUAAAGUUUUGAAACAAUUACUUACCGGGGAAGAAUCACUAGCAGAGUUUCCAUUUGCCAGCUUUCUACAUUCGGUUGAGACAGCCACAGAUUCAGCACCACUACUGUCGUUACUCACUCCUCUGUAUUCUGGAUCACAACAUUCAUAUUGGAAGGCUCCCCCUAAUACCAACUCUGUUGAAUUUGGUAUUGUUCUUGGCACACUUUCAGAUGUCAGUAGAGUCCUAUUGCUUGUUAGUCCAUGUGGUUAUUCUGAAGCUGAUGCUCCAAUUGUGCAAAUCUGGGUAAGCAAUAAAAUAGACAGGGAAGAAAGGUCCUGUGUUGGGAAAUGGGAUGUCCAAUCCCUGAUAUCCUCAACACCAGAACUUUAUGGACCUGAAAAGUCAACCAGAGAAGAUAAGUUGCCCUGUCACAUUAGAUUUACUUUCAAGAAUCCUGUUCGGUGUCGCAUUGUUUGGAUAACACUGUGCCUUCAGCGGCCUGGUUCAAGCUCUGUAGAUUUUGGUAAAGACUUCAGUUUAUUGUCUCUGGACGAAAACGAAAAUCCCUUUGCUCAAGAAACUCGACGCUCCUCUUUUGGAGGAGCAAAUAAAAACAAUCCAUGCCUUCAUGCCAAACGAAUACUGAUAGCUGGAUGCCCUGUGAAAAAAGAGAUGGAGCUUACAUCGCCGGAAAGCUCUAGCCAGAGAAACUGGCUGGACAGAGCUCCACAAUUAAAUAGAUUCAAGGUUCCAAUUGAGGCGGAGAGGCUAAUGGACUAUGAUCUGAUCUUAGAGCAAUAUCUGCCUCCAUCUUCCCCGUUGCUUGCUGGAUUCCGACUGGAUGCUUUCCAUGCAAUAAAACCUCUUAUUACCCACUCACCAUCUUCAGGUGCAGAUAUCUGGGAUACAUCAGACAUGUUUUUAGAAGAUAGAUAUAUCUCUCCAGCUGUUCUGUAUAUUCAAGUUUCUGCACUCCAGGAAGGAAUAGGAUCCAACAUGGUGACUAUUGCGGAAUACAGGUUGCCAGAGGCCAAACCAGGAACAGCUAUGUACUUUGAUUUCCCUAGACAGUUUCAAACUCGAAGAAUCUCUUUCAAACUUCUGGGAGAUGUUGCAGCAUUCACGGACAAGCUGCCCGAGCAGGAUGAUGCUAGUUUAAGAGCUCCUGUAGUUGCUGCAGGCUUGUCUCUGUCAAACAGAAUCAAGUUGUAUUACUAUGCUGAUCCUUAUGAUCUUGGCAAGUGGGCUAGCCUUUCUGCAGUUUGACAUUACUCUAACCCAGAUUCAACUUGAAGAAUCUGAUAAAUGAG